UCAAGUCACAAACCAACAUAUAUUAUUCACAUAAAAACACAUUACUUCCAUCACAUAAGGGACAAAGCACAAAAAUGGACACAAGGCUAUUAGAGGCUUCUCAAACAGGAAGUAGCAUGAUGUUACACCAAUUGCUUCAAGAGAAUCCUCUCAUACUCCACACACAUGCUCUUUUCUCAUCAGACAACCCCUUACAUGUGGCUUCGAUGGCCGGCCACGUGGACUUUGUCAGAGAGAUUAUAAGGCUAAAACCAGAGUUUGUGAAACAAGUGAAUGAGGAUGGUUUCAGUCCCAUUCACAUAGCUUCUGCAAAUGGGUAUUUGGAGAUGGUGAUGGAGUUUUUGAAAGUUGACCAAGGACUUUGCAGAAUUGUGGGAAGAAACAAAUGGACUCCUCUUCAUUUUGCAGCCAGCAGAGGAUGGUCUAACCUUAUCCAAGAAUUGCUCUUGGUUUGUCCUCAGAGUCUUGAAGAUGUAACUGUGCAAAAUGAAACUUCUCUGCAUCUUUCCAUUAAGAAUAGUCAAUUUGAAGCAACUGAAGUUUUGUUGGCAUGGAUUAAAGAAAAAAAAAGAGAUGAUAUAUUGAAUAUGACAGAUGAGUUUGGUAACUCAGUACUUCAUCUGGCAACUUGGAGAAGACACCGCCAGGUGGUGGAGUGGUUGAUUAGAUUUGGAAAUAAUACAACUGGUGGUACUUUGAUAGUAAAUGCCGUAAACAAGAGUGGCCUUACUGCCCUUGAUUUGUUACUAAUUUUCCCAAGCGAAGCAGGCGACAGAGAAAUCGACGAGCUCCUUCGCAAAGCUGGAGCUAAGAGAGCAAACGACACCUUUGAACACAGCACUAAUCAACAACCAAUGGACACCCAUUGCACCAUAGAGAACGAAGAUGAAUUGGUUGAGUAUUUCAAGUUCAAAAAGGGAAGAGACUCACCAAGCGAUGCCCGAAAUGCCCUCUUGGUUAUGGCGGUUUUAAUGGCCGCAGCAACCUUUCAAGUGGGAAUUAACCCUCCAAGUGGUGUGUGGCAGGACAGUGACCUGAAUGGGAAUGGGAAUGGCACUACUAAUACCCCAAAACAUGUAGCUGGAAGCUCCAUUUUGGGGUCAUACAAUUCAGUCUCAUACAUGUUAUUUGUGGUUUUUAACUCUAUUGGACUCUCAUUGUCACUUUACAUGAUUACCAUUCUCACAGAGAAUCUUCCUAUGCAGUUGGAGUUUCAAUUAUGUGUAAUUGCACUAUAUUUUACCUAUUACACAGGUUUAGCAAACAUGGCUCCCCUAAACGGUACGAGGACCGCCAUUGUAGUAUUAUCUGCAGUUUUGCCUCCUACUAUUCAUCAUUUAGUGAAGCUUACUAGACUAAUUAUGAAGAAGAUUAAAAGAGUUCUACUAUAUCUCUCCAAAUACUUCCGUUGAAACAAACUUAUUAUCUUACUUGUGUAGUUGUAUCGUAUACAUUUAUGCCAAGUGUUAUAGUGAGGAGUUAUUAUGCUUAUGAAGCUAAACACUAGCAUAUUUUAUUGGAUUGUAUGGAGAUAAAUAGAAUAAAAUGAGUAAAUUAAUUGUUUAUUUAUAAUAAAUGAUGAUGAGAAAUACUAUUUUGAA